ACCAGACCAGACCAGACCAGACCAGACCAGACCAGCUGCAGCCAUGGCAGAAAUUAUGCCAGGAGGACUAACGGACCCGGCUCCAGUCACUCCCAAGGUUCAGGAAAUUGCGAACAAGGUGAAGGGCCAGCUGGAGAAGAAAACGGGUGACAACUACUCCAUUUUCCAGGUGAUUUCGUACCGCACACAGGUGGUUUCUGGGACAAACUACUUCAUCAAGGUCCAGCACGGCGACGCCGCGACCGACUACAUCCACUUGCGGGUCUUCCAGGCCCUGCCGUGCUACGGCGGGGGACUCGAGCUCGCCAGCUACCAGCUGGGCAAGACCAGAGACGACCCCAUCAUCUACUUCUAGCCCCGAGGGCGGCCCUGUGGGAGGAGCUGCGCGCAGGAAGGAGUUGUGUGGAUGCAAUAAAAGUGUCAUGCUGAACCCA